AUGGAGCCUUGUACAAAUGAAGUCUCAGCCUCAGAUACCACACCUGCCGGAGGUACAAAUGAAGUCUCAGCCUCAGAUACCACACCUGCCGGAGAUACAACAACAACAACAAGAACUACAACCACAACUGCUGAGUCUACUGGAAGUACAAAUGAAGUCUCAGCCUCAGAUACCACACCUGCCGGAGAUACAACAACAACAACAAGAACUACAACCACAACUGCUGAGUCUACUGGAAGUACAAAUGAAGUCUCAGCCUCAGAUACCACACCUGCCGGAGGUACCAAUGCAGGAGGCUCAGAUUCUACAGCUGGCACAGGUACAGGUACAGGUGAUAACACAAAUACAGCAACUACCGUAGGUACCGGGACAGACGGAGGUACAAUCACUACAACUGACACAAGUACCGGUACAGGUGAUAACACAAAUACAGCAACUACCGUAGGUACCGGGACAGACGGAGAUACAAACACUACAACUGACACAAGUACCGCUACGGCCGAGGACAUCGCCACAGGAACUAACACCGGUACAGGAGCUAACGCCGGUACAGGAACAAAUACCGGUAACGUAGUGGCAGUUGACAAUGAGGAUAUCACCACAGGGAAACUGCCGGAUGAGCUGAGAGAGAACUUUGUGGUGAGAAAGCAGUCGACUCAAUUCUUCUCAGUAACUAUCCCUUCCUUCUGCGCUCUCAUCGCCGCCAUCGUGAUCUGUAUGUGUGCUACGCGAUCCGACUCCGUCCUCUGUUCCAUCUGUAGCAACUAAUACUGUACUGAUCCCACCGUCUCCCUCACCCUAUCCCAUGUCCUCCCUAUCCCAUCAAAAAACCUUCACGGACAGCCAGCAACCCAUCCACCCAGACAACUUACAACGAAGUAGAAAUAUCCAGCUGAAAAACACAGAAUCAUAUAUACACAGUCACAAACAACAACCUGAAGAACGAAAUGUAAACAGAGAAGUUAUCAUCUCACUUUGAAAGAAAGAUUCAGGAGAGAAAACAUCAACAUAACAUUGACUUACUUUCACUUAACAACCAGCAGUCAAUCGCGUGCUAGAAAGGACGCCACUUGGUGAAUUAGUCAAGGUGGCCACAGUGAAGGUCUUUAUUGAGCUGUGUUGAUUACCAUAUAACUUUAGAAAUUUACACAAAAAUAACAAAUCUAGACUCAAAAUGUGAUGAGGAGAAAAUCGAUGACAAAAAUGUCUUGAAAAUUAAUAAGUUGGAGGAUUCUAAAACGACACACCAACAACUUCUAUCAAAACAAAAUCAUAUCAGUAGCGAAAUUAUAAUUAAUUAAUGUUUUGUCUUUAUUCCGUGUCUUAAAAAGAUCGUUUAACUAUAGAUGAUUGAAGUGUCAAAAAAGAACUUAGGAUUUCAAGGCAAGAAUUAACUUAUCUUAAAUAUUGGAAGUAAUUGGAAAUAAAUAAAUUAGACACUUAUUUGACAAUGUACAGAGUGGAGAACGUUCACUUGACUUCCCCACAUCUGUAUUAACAUGUGAUAAACAUUUGUUUCCCUUUUACGUUUAGAUGAUGAUAUGCACAGUUAGGUGAUGACGAGAUUUCUUAAUUAUCUAUAUAUUCUUUUCUUAUACACUACUAUUAAUGGGAGAACUCUGUGGAGAACCAGUAACAGAAGCUCAGCGGGAAUAAGACUUUAUAAAACUGUAGAACGCCAAUAACAACAGCUUAGACAUCGGGAAUAUUCGUAUUGAGAAGAUCAACAAAAAGAUCAGAGAACGAGAAUAUUCAUGUUGAGAAGACUAAAAGAAAGUUACACAACAGGAAUAUUCCUGUUUACAAGAAUGUGUGGAACGCCAGUAACAGAUCAGACAAUAGGAAUAUUCCUGUUUAUAACAAUUUACAACACUGCAGAACGCCAAUAACUAGAACUCAAUCAACGGGAAUAUUCCAAUUUACACGACUGGGAGCGCUGUGGAGUGUUUAGUGGACGCUGUCAAGUGUUCAGUGGACGCAAUGGGGAGUAUAAGGCUAAGCCCAUCUUGAGGAACCUCGUCUGGGAAAGUAACUUGAUGGACGAAAGGAGGAAAAUUUGACCCUCUUUUGCUUGACCUAAUUGAUGACAUCAGUCGUGACCUGAUUGAUUGGCGAAAUAAUAUCCUGGUGACUUAUAGAGCUGCUUCUCCCUAUAAAACCAGUAAUAUCUCACUUUUACUGUACAACCCCUCCCUUACAUGUUCAACACUCUAAUUUUAUGUUCAAUAUUCAAAGUGUAUUCGUGACAUAUAUUCAUUAUUUACAAAUGAACACUGAGGCUAUUUUAGGGGCUAUCAUUUAAGCACACUUUUUAUUUAGUUAAAAAAAUAAAUGUUUUUAGUGGUGGACUGAAUAAUGCUUCUGUUCAGUGGCGAUUUAAAAAUGUACAAAAGGUUAUUAAGUGAAUGUUUUAGCAAGUCUUGAUAUUGUUUCACUUGAAGCUUCAGUCAGGUAUUGUGUGGAACGCCAGACUCACAGACAGACAUUUCUAUUGUAAGACUUCUGCUUCAAGCGCUAACAAUAUAAAAAUAAGAAAGUUAUAUACUGUAUACUCAGUGUUCGCUUAAUGUACCUGAAGAUUCGUACUUUAAGAAGAUGUUCGUUAACUGGAUGUACAUUUAGCGAACACUGAAUACAAAGAAAAAUAUUUAUAUUUGGUGUUAAAUAUAUUGGGACUCAAAAAAAUAAACUAUUAUA